CUGCUACUCCGUAUACACGAAAACGUAGACCCAGCGGGAAAAAGUUCUACAAUGGAAACGGACAUGACGGAUAAUACUCUGAAAAAGUGCAAGGAUGGCGGUAGCAUGGCAGGCAGUUUCAAAAUGAUGGUUGUCAUGACAGCUGGUAUUUUGAUCUUUUUUGUUGCCGCCAAAAACUCCAUUACGUGGAUGCUUCAGCAGUUCCUAUUCGUCAGUGGCAACUUUUGGACCAGCCUGUACAAAAGUAUCUACAACCUAUUUGGCGGCAACGAGUUCUUAUUGGUUUCUUUAGGGACUAUGAUGACGUUGUCCAUAUUCUACUGGUCAUUCGUCUCUGUCAUGAUAUUCGUUGAUGCAACGGGGAAGCCAGAUUGGAUUCAUAAGUACAAGAUACAACCGGACUACAACAUACCAGUGGAUUCAUACAAACUCAAAAGAGCCUUCAAGAGAACCUUCUUCAACAACACCGUGAUCAGCCUGCCGUAUUGCUUCUUGACCGAGUGGCUGUUCAGGCUCCGUGGGUGCAGCGCGUCGACGACCCUGCCUGAGUUCCACACCGUCCUGCUUGAGAUGUUGGUGUUCUUCGCAGUGCAGGAGAUUGGGUUCUACUAUUCGCAUCGUUUACUGCACCACGGAUGGUUUUACAAGAACAUCCAUAAACGGCACCACGAGUACACGUCCCCGUUUGCAGUGUCCAACUUUGACGUCCACCCCCUGGAACACGUUGUGAGCAACCUUGCUCCCAUGCUGGCUGGUCCAAUCAUUGUAGGCUCUCAUGUCGCCACAAUGUGGAUGUGGUUUGUCAUGGGUUUAUUCAACAGCAUCUCGGCUCACAGCGGGUAUCACUUGCCCUUCCUGCCGUCAAAUGAGCCGCACGAUUUCCACCAUCUCAAGUUUGUCAACAACUUCGGUACAUGGGGAAUUCUCGAUCGCCUCCACGGGACGGACGCUCUGUUUCGACAGUCUAAGCAGUACCAAAAUCAUCGUAUCUUAUUGGGAUUGACACCUGCUCGCGAAUUGGCCAAUGAUUCUAAGGACGUCAAUUAGAUUCAAAACACCAGGGCCCAAUUUCAUGGCUCUGCUUACCGUAAGCACAGAAUCGGCGCUUACGGAAGCAGGGAAUU